GCCACCUAUACUUAAAACCAAGACGUUUUCCGAUUUGUGCAAACGUCAAUGGGUACGUUGCACACGGGAAGAGCAGAUGCGACGUCGAAUGGCUUGUCGCGGACGCCACGUCAGGCGGAGAGCGAGCGAGGGAGAGAAGGACAAGAAGUGGCCGCUGCGUGCCGUGGACGGUCGUGCCCCAAGCGGCGGCGGUGGGGCAGAACAGAACGUUGAAGUUGCACGUCGACAUGCAUCCCCCAUUCUGUAUGGUGGCCACGCGUUUUUCUAAAAAAAGUUGAAGCGACCUGCCGGUGGUUCUCCCGCCAACGCCACGCGUAUCCCUUGGUGGCCUGGUCCGUGUGAUGCGGGGGAAGACCGUGGUUGCUCACCAGAACGGAGCUUGCUGCGUCACCGUCGAGAGAAGUCGCACAUCCUCCCGGGCAGCUGCCUCGGUCGACGCUACUUCAAGUCUUCGCAGUUUCACAGAAAGAAUUUGUAUUGCGAUUCAGUAUACCAAUUUGUCGGAGACGUUCAUUGGAAUUGUGGGGAGAGAGCGAACGUGCCACCGGAUGAUGCGGCGUCCAACAAUAGUCAUGUCCUUCGACUCAGCACGCGCGCGGCCACUGCUCGCGGCUUCGACAACGCUCCGAUGCACGUACUUCGCCAUGCCCUUGGCGCGAACACGACGCGACCACCAGGGACCAUCUUCUUUUCCCUUUGGCUGAACCUAUCACUUGUUUCUGAACACGUGUUCAUCCUUUCAGAGCGCGAAAUGGAGGUCGCGGAUCGGACGUGCUAUAUCUCGGGCUCAUCUUGUGGCCACCUCCGCGUUGGCCGCAGUUGGUCAAACUCAGCGAGGGGGCCGUGACCUUGCUGGCACGCCCUUGAUCCUGUUGGGUGCCCUGUGGGUGCGAUCGCGGCACCCACGUUCGACAUGGCAACGAUCGACGUCGGUGGUUCCACCGUCGGAUGGGGGAAAAAGCCAGCAAUUGGGUUGAACAACCGCAAGUCUCGAAAUCUUCCAUACAAUAACGCUAUAUGGUUUCUGUAUUUCACCCAUAGAUGUGGAGCGGCACGUGUGGCGCGCAGAUGCGCCGCGCAGCUGGCGGGGGUCGCCGACCGCAUCAGACCGCGCCGUGGUGCUGCUAACUCUUCUUUGAUCAAGUUCCUGAGCAGGUGCGAGGUGGCAAGUGUUCUUCGAGAUGACGGGGGCAACAAGCGACGGAUCGUAUCCAGUCCAAGGAUGAAGCAACGCUCCGACGUGUCGUUUCAAGGACCAGAAUGAAGAAGUUUGGGUGAACAAUGACAUCGACACGCACCAGUGUCCGCUGUUGGCUUUGCGCGGACGUGAGGCGGUACUUAGUUCUGUGGCCAACUCGACACACUCGAACCGCACUAUUCCCGUGAGCAAGCUCAUACGUCAAACGGCUCAAUCGUGGUCCAAUACAGUUAACGUUCCAUUCCCGCAUGACACUGUCAUUGGAACCUCACAUUGAAUAGGAUAUGGUUUGCUCGACCCCCGGGACCACGCAGUCUUGGCGGAACGCGUCGGUACCGCUCACGUUCAGCGUGCAUUCUGGAGCCGCGUCGUACAUUCAACCCGGCAAAUGGGGCACUUUUCAUUGUCGCAAGCAGCGACACACAUGUCGACAUCGCAGGACGAUGGUUUUUGUCCUCGAGAGUGCUGGCGGAGCAUGCCGGCCUUUGUGUUCUUUUCUGGUGGUCCGG